AUGGAAAGGGUGGCACUGGCACGCCUAGAGUGGAUUGCUGCCCAACUCCAGUACUUCCCGGAGCAGCAGUCAGGCUUCAGGUGUCAACGCUGCACGGCAGACUCUAUCUCCGAUGUGGUGGCCACCCUGGAGGAUGCCAAAGCCACGGGGGACGUGGCAAUGUUGGUGCUUCUGGACGUCAAGAGUGCCUUUGACGGACUUCCACACGUGGUCAUCGAGGCCUGCCUAGACCGCCUCGGCCUGAGCGGCUGCCUCAGACGCUUCAUUUCCGCAUUCCUGACCGGCAGAACCUUCCGGGUGCGCGUUGGACAGGAACUCAGCGAGCCCAGGGAUAUCACGACUGGCGUCCCACAGGGAUCGGUGGUUCAGGUGAAGGGCACUUUGUCAUUCCUGCAUACCGAGGAAAAACCUCCCGACUGGGACGCCUGGGCGCUCAAGUGA